GAAGAAACGUGACUAGUAAUUUGAAUAGCGAUUUUAGUAUCAAGAUAAGGUGCGAAAAAUGCUCUCCUUUCAUCCCUGCAAAAAUCGCACAACAUCCAAACAGAGAACAAAAAAUCAUUAACGUUGCAAGAAUGAAAAGCUUGGAGAUAUUUGAAGUUGGCCCUUAUAGAAAUGGCUACGAACUGGGUUUUUCAAUCGGUCAGAGAUUUUCCCAACAGAUCAAAAGCAGGCUGUCCAAAGACCUAAUCUUGCAAACCCAGCUUCUCCCUUUUACCCGCUCGCCAAAAUCACACUCGCUCCUCGAAUCACUUUCGGAGAAAAAUAUGAGAAAGUACCCAAAUUACUGGGACGAGCUCCGGGGGACCGCUACAGGAAGUGGGGUCCCCUUUCUUGAGAUAAUGCUGCUUAAUUUCAGGAAAGAAAUACUUCCCUUUAUUCCAAAGGCAGAAAGUAAUUGCGUAAAUGAAACAAUUGACGAUUGUUCGGAUAUUCUUAUCGUUAGCGAUUACAUGGCUGUUGCAGCUCACAACGAGGAUGCAAAUGUCGUGCUCGUUGGACAUACAUAUUUGAUUAAGGGAAUUCUGCCGAAUGGAGGAUCCUUCACUGCUUAUACAUAUGCAGGAGAGCUCCCGAGCUGUGCGUUUGGUUACAAUAGUCAUGGCCUGGUUGAGAAAUCAUAUUUUCUGCAGGCAUUCACAUUGAAUUCUGUUCCACCUUGUGUGCAUGAGAUUGAAAGUGGGGCCAUAGGUAGAAACUUUAUCUCCCGAGACUUGUUUGAAGCGCGAAAUAUUGACGAUGCCUUAACAGACCAUGAUAAGAAUUCACUGAGUAGACAUAAAAGAGCUGAUAUGCUGCCUAAGGGAUCAAAAGGCGAUGUUCUUUCUUUUCUCGCAGAUAAAAACGACAUGAAAUAUCCAAUCUACAUGACAGGUCCAUUACUUCACACCCUAUGCACAGUUGUGAUAGAUUUGGACGAGAAAACUCUCUCGAUUAUUGAAGGUGACCCGGUUAAAACGAAGCCUCAUUUGUCUUCUCAAUGUAGUGAUUCAAAUAUUGGAGGCACAACUUGGUAUUGAGAAGCAUUUUUGCAGGAGGUUCAAUAAUUUUUUAUUUUAUUUUACUUAUCUGAGUUUUGUGCAUGGUUACUGAAAUAUAUUGUUUGGGUAUAAUUUGUGGGGUUGGUGACAUGUUUAUGGGUAUAGACGGUUGUAUGGCCCAAUCAAGGCCCAGUUAUCUUAGUGACCUGGAAUAUGUUUAUACUCCUUUCUCUUCGUGAGAUGUAUGAGAUCAAAUGUAAUUAUUAAAGUUGAUACAAUCAGAAAAAUAGCUUAAUGAUGAAUGUAAAUUAUGAGUAGUUUUAAAACAUUUGAGUGGAUUAAUAGUUUUG